AUGUUUGAUAAAGGUUUUAAUUAUUUCAUUCCAAAAACAAGUUCAAAUAGCUAUCAUGACUAAAGGGAAAAAAGAGACUCAAAAAAAUAGUUUAGAUAUGUAUCUGUUAAUAAAAUGAAACCAUCUGAGAAAUAUAAUUAUAUUCCCCUAGUAAGUCCAUAACUAUCGGCUUAUGCUAAACCAAGUGAAAGGAUUAAAUUAUAGCAAAAAUUAAUGAGAGUAAGAUAAAAUCGAUCGGUUAAUUUAUAAUCAGGGAAACACGAUCCUUUCAAUGUAACUCCUAAUUCUUUUACUAAACAUUGUACAGAUGAUUCACAAUUAACCAGCGAGGAUUAACUAUUAAAGAUAGUUGGAGGCUAACUGUUUUCGACAGGUGAAAAAUGUUAAUCAGUUUAAAGGAAAGAUAGAAGGAAGCCGAAGAGUAUAUUUAUAAUAAUUGAUAUUGUAGCUCACCGAAAUAUAUUUUCAUUGUAUGUGCAGGAAUCAUUAGAACUAAAUCAAUUGAGGAAAAAAAUGAAUCCAGAGCUCACCAAUAGUAGGAUGUAUUCUCAUAUUGUUUAAAGAUUUAAUAAAACAUAAGUUGGAUUCAACAAUUCUUUAGAUUCGAAUUAGUAUGGAUUUUUUUAAUAGGGAAAGAAAUGCUAAAUGUAAAAUAAAUUCAAAGAAUUUUUAAAUUGA